UAGCUUUUUGUAUUCCCGUUUGCACUCUCUCAAUUCUUUCCCUAACUUUUCCUCUAUCUCACUUCCUUGAUUUUUAAACUCCCUUUUGAGCUCUUCCAUGGCCUGAACCCACUUCUUAUUUUUCUUGGAGGCUUUGGAUGUAGGAGCUUUGACUUUAUCAUCUUCUUUAUCAUGUUUUCAUCCUCUUUGUCACCAUUAUAAGUUUCAGAUGUCAGAAACUUUUGUUUUCUUCUCAUCUUCCUAGCCUAUUAUUGGGCUUUGUCUCCAGGAUGGAGGAUGCACUGUCCCAAACUUCAGCAGUUUUGUGCAGCUGUUUUCAAAAAUCCUAAUAGGAAUCUGACCCCAAGCACUCUUUUCUGCCCUGGAGCUGUUAGGUGUGUUCCCACCCCACUUUAGCUCUAGUUUGAUGGAGUGUGCGUCACAGGGGCUGGACUCUGCUGGUCCAUGCUGUGCUGGGACUGCACACCAGACUCUCACCCAGUUUGUGUGUGCUUAUUUAUCUAUGGCAUUGGCAACUGUUCUGUAUUAAGAAUUUUGCUUGGGAACACUGAAGGAUUAAGGUACUGGCUUGGGUUUACAAAAUUAGUAUGUGAUGAAGAACUUGAAUCCAUUAUGGUUUUUAUCCCAUACCUAAUUCCUAUCCACAAUGCCCCAGGAUAGCUAUUAAAAAUAAUUAUUGGAUGAAGAAUGAACCAGCUAUGUUCUUUCAUAUGGCUACAUUAUGUAUUAGCCACCAGGGAUGCAUUUCUAAUAAGCCUUUUUAGGCACAUCUGCAGUGCAAAUAGGUAUCAUCUUAUACUUGUGCUAAUUUAUCCAAGUGCUUAGGUAAAGGAGUGAUCAACAUGGGGUGGGAAUGUCACUGGGACCAAGCUCCUAAGUCAAGAUAGUGAAUGGAAUUGGAAAUUUCUCAGGAAGGAGAGAAGUAAUAAAAAAGAAGAAGGACAUUCUAGUGAGCAGUUUCUGCUGGGACCUCUCGUGGACAACAGUGGUGGAAAGCUGCUUCUCACUUUGAACCUUUGGCAAUUGUUUCCCAUUAGAGGCAUGUGGGGAAUCUGGCAUUGUAUCGUGAGAAGUGUAUAGUUUUUUUUUAAAAAAUAAUAAUCUCUGAAAUUCCUAAAAGCAGAUGUGACAAAAUAUUAGUUGUUAGGGACCUCAUUUUCCCACAGUAUAGAAUGUUAUUUUUCAGUGACCCACAGAUUCUAUGCUUUUUAACAAGAUUCGAUAUAGAAGUCUUAAUAUAGAAGAAGAAGGUGAAAAAUCUGUGGAGAAAAGCCUUUCUAAUUCUAGAUGACCAAGUAGAAUGAAUUAUUCCUAGAAGUUUUUGAAAAAAAAUAAAGAAAAAAGAGAAAAUACAAGAGGCAAAAAAGGGAGUCAGAUUGUGUCAGUGGGAAGAAUACUGUCAUGCAGAAAAGCUGAAUUUUUGAAACCUUUUUUUCUACUUGUAUAAAAAAGAUAGAAGUAUCAGAUAUAUGAAGUACCCAGGCAUCAGGUGGAAGAAUGGUUUGCAGUGUAAUCAAUUCACCCGAGAGAUUUAUCACGACCACAAAGGAUGGCAUUUAUAAAUAUGAGAAACUCAUGGGCUAAACCAUGUAUGAAUGAGCAAGAUGCUUCCAGUGACUUGACUUUUUAAAGUCAGAUGAAAGUGGGUGAGGGAAGUUGCAUCUUGAUCUAGGAAGUAAGGAGCAAUUAGAGAGAAGUUAGGGAGGGGAAAGGCAGGGGCCUAGUAGAAGACAAACUCUUAUGUACAUUGUGUCUAUGAGUAAUUGCAGGAUGCUGAAUGAGAUGAUUGAGUCAGUCUUAGAUAUGUUAAUAAAACAGUUCCAGGAAACUGAUCUCCUUUGGUAUGGGAUUAUGAUUGACAGACUUGUUGUAUUAUUUACAUUGUUCCUGGGGAAUAAUUAUUAAUGGGGACAGAAUGAGCUCUUUUAGAUCUGAAUUUAAGGAGAAGGAAAUGUAAAUAUAAUUUUUUAGUCUUGAGAAUUUGGAAAAAAAAUAAAAGAUUGAAAGUUAAUAAUAAAUUCAGGAGACCUUGAGAAAUUGAAGUGACUUGAACUGAAGCAGAAAGAUUCUAUCUAAAGGGAGAAAAGAAAGUGUGCCCAAGGAAAAGGAUUUGAAGAGAUGGAGGAGGACAUAAGAGGAUAAGGUGAAGGCUAUGAGUAGGAGGAUAUGGAUUCCAGCUGAAAAGGAGGCUGUUAAAAAAAAAAAAAAAAAGACCAAAUAUGUAAAGUCAGUUGGCAAGGUUAAGGAGAAGGAAAAGGAAAUUGGGGAUGUCUAUUAAAGGAUUAGAAUUAGAAAAAGCAAACUGUCUUGGUAGUAACAGAUCCUAAGGAGCUGAAAAGAGAAAGACCUCAAUUACUGGUGGCAAGGGAGUGAGUAUGGGAGUAAAGAAAAACUGGGUUCAAUUUUCCCUCAGCGAGUAUUCCCAGCAACUCUCUGACACACAACAGUUGUCCAUCUACAUUAUUUCCUCUCUGAAAGUUCCCUGCACCAGGCAAUCACAAGUCAUAUACCCCAGUCUCUUGAAUUCUGAGCCCAACUCCCCUGCCUCUCCUCCCCAGAUAAAUUGAUAAAUAUAGAAUUGAAAUUCCCUGAAAGCAGAUUACCACAGCAAAUGUACCAAAUAUUUCUAUCAAGGAAGAAAGACUAAUAAUUUUAUUUCAUGUACAUAUAAAGAACCAGGUAUAUUUUUUAUUGAAUUGGUUUUUCCGAUUCAGUGGUUCAUGGAAAUCUUCUGUAAGGAGAUCAGUCUUAGAUAAGGUCCUGAAGGAAAGGGUGCACUUAGAUUAGUAGUGGAUAGGAAAUGGACAUUCCAAACCAAAAAGCAUAUGUCUUAAUCUAUUAUACAGAUGGUUGCUAUUUUAUCAUAUAUUACACCAGGUUCAUCAAAGAUUAUAUUUAGGAAUGGUUGUCCUUAUGUUAAAUACAUUUCUGAGCCUGGAAUGUAUGACCAGUUCAUAUAUCUAAAGGGCAACUAGGAAAAGCAGUAAGUAGAGUCCUGGCCUUGGAAUUGACAAGACUCAUCUUUAUGAGUUCUAAUUUGGAUCAGAUACUUAUUAGUUUGUGACUCCAGGACAAGACUGUUUGCCUGAGUUUCCUCAUCUAUGAAAUGAGCUGGGAAAAGAAAUGACAAACCUUUUUGGUACCUUUGCCAACAAAAUACCAAAUGGGAUCACAAAGAGUCAAGACACUACUGAAAUUAUUGACAGCAACGCAUACAAUUCAUAUCUAGAGUUGAAACUUGGGGAGGGUAACUUUAAGAAAAAUAAAACUCAUAGUGAAAAUGUUUGUCAGAAACUAGGAACAAAGGCACAGUGAAUAGGGACCUAUUACAAAUAGAUUGUAGGGUUUUGAUUCUGUGAUUUAUAAUGACCCUUUAUAUUCAUUUGUCAACUUUAGGAGUGCAAAAAUAGUAAGAGAUUAUUCUGGAGGAUAGAUCCACUGAUAGCUUCUACACUGAUAUCUUCUUGGCAAAAAAUGAGUCUUGGAACAGGAAUAAUUGAAAUAUUAACUCUAUUAAGUCAUUCUUUGUAGUGUGUCAUUUGGUGGUAAAGCACUUUGUAACAACUAAGAGGCCUGCCUUGUUGAUGAUUGUCUUCUGGGAAUAAAAUUACUAAUUUUUGGUUUCUUUUUAAAAGACUCCCUGAAAAACCAGGAGCUGAUGAUUCCUGGCAAAAUAUGGAUGACAAAAUUAAUUUUGAAAAAGAGGAAGAUUCAGCAGAUUCAGAGGAAGAAGAAAAGAAAAAGGAUGUAUUGGUUAACAACUUUACUGUGCUGGAAGAAGAAGAUGAUAAAGAAGCUCCUUGGGAUUCAGAGGAACAUUUAAAAGACUCAGAUGUGGAAAAAAAGAAAAAUGUUAUUUUACCUGACUACUAUACCAGUUUACAAAAAACUUCUGAAAAUCCAAAUAUUCCAAAUCAGUUACAAGCUCCUGGUACAUCAGACAAAAGUGCUGCAAUAAAAAGACUGGACAAAAAAGAAGAGAGCGACUCUCCUUGGGAUUCAGAGGAACAUUUAAAAGACUCAGAUGUGGAAAAAAAGAAAAAUGUUAUUUUACCUGACUACUAUACCAGUUUACAAAAAACUUCUGAAAAUCCAAAUAUUCCAAAUCAGUUACAAGCUCCUGGUACAUCAGACAAAAGUGCUGCAAUAAAAAGACUGGACAAAAAAGAAGAGAGCGACUCUCCUUGGGAUUCAGAGGUAUUAAUUCAUUUUGAAACUUCAAUCUUGAUUGCUAUUAUUAAAAUUACAUUUAAGUUUACUUAUUUACUAAUCAGUGCAAUUGCUCCGGUAGAAUUAGAAGGAGAAUUUUAGAGUUAGAAGGGAUUUCAGAAAUAAUCUAGUACAACUACCCACUGAAGAUGUGGGGAAGACACUCCCGAGACAAGUCAGCUUAUGGUCUCACUACUAGUUUAGUGAAGAGCCAAGAAGUGGUUCUAACUUUCAGGACCUCAUGGUUUAUACUUUACUCCUUAACACCUUAGGAAUUUCAAUGUGCCUCUCAGUCUGUCAUUCCGUGAACAAGUUUGAUGACAUUUUAUGCUCUUCUAAGUAUUAGGAUAUAUUCCAGAAAAGUAAGAGACUUUGGAGAAAAACAAGCCUACUUCCCUACUCCAUGAUAAACUUACCUACCAAUUAAAGGAUAGGACAAAGGCAACUACAUAAGUUGGUGUUAUGGCUAAUUCUAAGUAAAAUUCUGUAUAAUUUCUAUAUAGAAAGACUGAGUCCCAUACAAAGGCCAAUGUAAGAGUAAUUUGUAUUGAAUGAAGACUUAAUGAAACAGGUAAUAAUUAGGGUGUAGUGAUAGGAUGAGGUUUGGGUUACCAGAGAGGAAGCAGGAAAAAGUGCAGAGAGAAAGAGGAUAGUAAAGAUGCUUGCAAACAAUGUAAAACUGUUCAGUUGUCACAGAGGGGACUAAUGAAAGUCUUAAGUAUCUUCUAUAAAAAAAGAUUGUCACUGUAUGCCUUGAAUCAUAGCUUUAGGAUUUGGCAUUUGAUUUCUAUCAAAGAGCCAAUCAUUUCUUAGGCAGUAUAAUAAUGUAUUGAAACAUAUUUCAGGAAAGCUUAUUUUGUGAUAUCAUUGUCAAAGAUUACCUGGAACAAAGGAACAUUAUAUGUAAAAAUAUAUUUUUAGAAAAGAAAUUUCCUUUGUAUUUAUCACAGAUUUUAAGCUCACCUCUCCUUGUUCUUCCGAUAGAUAUCAAUUCCUUUUUUUUUUAAAUUAAAAAUUUUUAUUUUCUAAACAUAUAUGUGGAUAAUUCCUCAUCUUUAGCCCUUGAAAUACUUUAUAUUCCAAUUUUCUUCCACCACUUUCCCCUGCAUUGCAAGUAGUCCCAUAUAUGUUAAACA